AGCUCCAGUCAUAUUGUCAGUAGAACUAAAGUAGUCAUAAUGAAUCAAACAUUGCUUGUUAUAGCUAUUGUGUUCUUGGUGGUAGCCAGCGCGAGGAUGCUGCCCCGAGAUCCGUGGUCAGGGGAGAUGAGUGGAGUGAAGAGCUUGGGGAAGACAGGAGGAGUGGAGGUUCCACGGAGGCAGAGGCGCUCCUUCCGCUUCCGCGGUUACUGGUCCUGCCCCAUAGGCUACAUACGCAGCCCCGCCGCCUUAUGCGUCAAUUGCAGAAAAUACGAGAUGAUCACCGGCAGAUCUUGCAACAACGGCUUCCGACCAUUUUGAGGAACGAAUCGAAGAGCUAGAAAAUAACAGUAAUUAAUAACUAACAACAAUAGUCAACAUACAAGGUUCACUGCGUUUGUAAUAAUGUUCAGUCUCGCAACAAUCAGAGUUGGCAGAUGUAAACAUUAAUCAACAAUUCA